AAAGGACAGAGGAAGCAAUAUACUUCUACACGAGAGCAAUAGUUCUACAAAGUAAUCACAAAGAGGCCUUUAGUGGUUGGAUCAGGUGUCUCAGAUCUAAAGGUAGAUCCGUCUAUCUACAUCACAUGCUCAUGAGAUUCAGAUCGAUGACAUACUCCAAAACAAGGACGAGAAUCGUGCCUGACGAAGAUGGAGAGAGAUUCUUCAAGUCGUGGGAUCUGUACAAACAGGGCCAAGUGACGUCACAGUUCAAUCACGUGUCUCAUGUCAUUUGUCACUACAACCUUGCCCAGGUGAUAGAACAGGGCUUCGAGUCAAGCAACGCCAAAAAUCAACAAGAGCAGCACACAAGUGACAUCUCCAUGAGAUAGUAGACUUGAAGGAGACGACAAUAUUAUUGUAUCAAUAAAGAAUAUUAUUGAAAAAACAAAUCAUGUGAAUGGAGGAAAUCUCUGAGCAAGGUUGAAAUAUUUUGCUAGAUUUUAACAUCAAUCAAUGUUGUCUAAUGAUGUGCCACAUCGAAAAUUUGCCCAAAGAAUUCAAAUUCUGUUUGGUUUGAUUAGAGUCUCAGUAAUCAAAACUUAGAUACAAAUAUUCUUGAGAAAAUUUAACCGUUUGUCAAUGCUAUUGGCAAUAGUUCAAAUACGAUUAUCACAUGGAGAAAAUUAGUAGAAAACCUAUCAGUAGGACUACUGAUGCACUAGUGUUUUGUUAGCAUUAUAUUCCAACCUUACUCAUUGAAUUCUAUUCCAAAAAUGUAUUUCAAGUUCGAGAGUUUGAAAGAAACAACUUAGUGGUUUGGAGCGGUGUCUCAGAUGAAUUACAAUCGAUUUUGGAUAUUUGCAAGAUCUUUAUAUGAAAGUGAAAUAAUUGUUGGACCUAGGUACUGAAAAUGUAAAGAGGGUUGACUCUAUUAUUAGACAAUACUGUUACAAUAAAUAUUUUUGUGUAAAUACCAGUUUGGCGAUUUGUAUCACAGCUAUAAUUUGAAACUGAUUGAAAUAUAAUUUUGUUUUCUGUUAUCGCUUGUUAUUAUUUUCAAUGUAAUAAAGACAUGAAUAGUAUUAUAAUAGACUGCAAUUGAUAUUGAUUAAUCAACAAGUUUUGCAUGAAGAAUAUAAAUGGAUGAUUGACUGAUUACCAGUAUUGAAAUUGUAGAGGCAUAAAAAUGAUUUGAAUAUUUUUUCUUACUAGGAGAAUAAUAUUUCUGAAAAAGAAACAGUUUGUUUAAUGUAGUAAAUACCAGUAUUAGUAGUUACAGGAAGAUGAUAAUAAUAUUGUAAUAUCCUUAUUAUAAGAAUGGAAUAGUAAAUAGAAUUAAUAUGCUUUGAUACGCAUAAGAAACUGUAUUAAUAAUGACUAGUUUUAGCGUGAAGAUACAGAAAUGUACUAUCGAACAUAAUUUUCAAUCGAAGGUUGAUCUCAUUUCAGAAAAUUAAGCCAAAGAAUAUUAUUUGUUUUGUAGAUCUUUAGAAUACUUUACACUGAUGUUAUCAUGCAUAUUUAUGACCACUGUAUAUAUCUGUUUCCUUCUCAAAUUCGAUUCCCAUUUCCAAGCUGAUAAAAAUGUUUCAGAUUGUUAAUUUCAGAUUUUGAUGGAUUUAAAAAGUUUCUUUCAUCAGCUAUUCUCAUUUUACUUUUUGAUCGUUGUUUGGAAUCUAUUUUUCGCUUUUUAAUUUUUCAGACUGUUAAUUUCAGAUUUUGAUGGAUUUGAAAAGUUUCUUUCAUCAGUUCUUCUUAUUUUACUUUUUGAUCGUUGUUUGGAAUCUGUUUUUCGCUUACCAAUCAACUUCUGGAAUCUGUGGCAUUAUUGCGUGAGAAGAAACAAAAAUUUCUCCUAAUUUGUUCCUUUCCAGUCCUUAUAAUCAAUCAUACAGAAUUGAAAUUAGAAGCAUGAAAAUCCGUAAAUAUACUGUAUUAAAAGAUUCCAAAACAUUACAAAGCGAUGAUUGUGUUAUAUUAUGAUUAUAAUAUUAUUUUGUUGAGGAAUUUUUUAUUUUGGAAUUUUUAUUGUUGCGUUGGACUUGAUAAUUACUAUCAACGAAAAAUAAUGUGUAAUAUAGUAGUAGCAUUAUUAAUAUAUAUGAUGAAUUAUUUUUUGAAAUUGAAAUCGAGGCCUAAUUAAUAGGUCGAGAACUUGUAAAUUUGGAUAAGUUUAAUAAUAAAAUUGUAAUCUGGAA